GCUCUGAUGCGUGCUGUAAUACAACGGGUUAAGGAAGCGUCGGUGUCAGUUGACAACUCUAUCGUCAGUCAUAUAGGACGUGGAAUAUUAGUACUUAUCGGGCUCUCUUCGAAAGAUACCGAUGCCGAUAUCGCAUACAUUGCCCGGAAGUUACUGAACGUUCGCCUAUUUCCCAGCGCAGAUGGUUCUCGACGAUGGGAUAAAAGUGUCAGAGAUCUUGGUCUGGAAGUGCUCUGCGUAAGCCAGUUCACGCUGUACUGCGAACUCAAAGGUAACAAGCUCGACUUUCAUCGCGCCAUGAGCCCAGCUCCUUCAGCUUUGAUCUACGCGACACUGAUCGCUCGACUGCGAAAAGACUACUUAUCGGAGCGAGUUAAAGAUGGAGUCUUCGGUGCCAUCAUGGAUGUGAAGCUGGUGAACGAUGGACCUGUGACCAUUGUACUGGAUUCCAAUCUGCCUUGUGUGGACACAACAGUAACACAAGACGUUGAAGACCAGUGAAGGACCCUCAGCGGUGUCCAGAACCAGCAUGUUAUUUCUCUCAUCUGUUUGCGUCAGUUCCAGUCUAGUAACAACUUCGCGUUCCUUUUCCAAACCUUAGUCUUUAUGUACCCUCCUCAGUCCUAUACUCUGAUGUCUUCGACAUCGCGACAAACGGACUGGAACUACUACUGCGGCAGUCUUAGGUAUCCCGUACCGGAUAAAAACGAGCUCAACCCGUUGUCUUAGGUCUUCUCGUAUCACUGCAUUCUUACUUUGCCAACUCUCUCCCCUCAUAUCACGUGCGAUUUCUCUUUCUUCGUGUUCCACUGGUGUACAUUUUUGUACGUAUCCCGCACACGAAUAAAUUGAAUGGAUUUAUAUGCUGUCACAAACGGAACUCUGAUCCUCCCUUCACUACGUAAUUCCUGAGCAAUUCAAUAUUUUGCUUCACUAAUUUGGUGAGAGGACGUCCUACUGCUUCUUGCUGUACAUCCAUGGUGUUGUUAAAUCAUGGAUUCGGUACUUUUUCGUCCAUAGCUUUUAACCUAACUGAAUUCGAAUGCGAGUAUAUCUGUUCAAUUACUC